AUGGCAAUGACAUGUGAAGGCUGUGCCAACGCUGCCCGUCGGGUUCUAAGUAAACUUGGAGAAGACAAGGUGACUGUAGACAAAAUCGAUGUUGAUACGAAGCAGGUGGUUGUAACCACUGACUUGCCAGCCAGUCAGAUUUUACAGACGUUAGAGAAGACUGGAAAAGCAGUGAAGCAGAUGUCGUAA